AUGCUGUUCUUUAAGUCGUUCCGCAACAAGUAUGUCCCUUUGGCCCAGGAAGACCCCGGGCUUCCCUUACCCGUUACCGAACCUCAAUCGUCAAGUGACCGGUGGCAGGCACGGUUCCAGCGGCUCAAUCCGUUCUCUCGAGGUGUCCAAUUGGAUGAGGAAUACGUCACCAGUGAUCCGGGGAUGUUUGAGCUCUCUAGGUGGGAUCGAAUGCUUCUUUUCGCCCUUACUUUCGGUGGGGCUUUAAGUUGUUGGAUCAUCUGUAUUUUCUUAUUUCCCGUGUUGCUGUUGAAGCCACGUAAGUUUGCCAUCUUAUGGUCGUUGGGGCUGUUGCUUUUCCUCGUCAGUUUUGGUGUUCUUCAAGGGUUUGUGGCUUACGCUACUCACUUAGUGCUGAGCACCCGCCUUAUAUUUACGGUGGCGUUUUUCACGUCAAUUGUGAUGACCCUCGUCAGUGCUCUUUCGCUUAAACUGACAAUAUUGCUGAUUGUGUUUGCUGCUAUUCAAUUAUUGGCGGCGUUGUGGUACACGGUAAGUUACUUCCCUAUGGGCACUCAGACCCUCAACUUAGCCGCCGGUGUCGCGAGAUCUCAGGUUGAGGGGUGGAUGACAAGCUAG